UUUUACUGAAUGAUUGAGCCGAAGCCUGCCAGCGCAGGCUGCUGCACCUACUGGGUGGCCCGGCCAUCGCUAGGAUCGAAUUACUAGACAAGCAUCUGAAUCUCACAAAGGAAGGGACUCAAGCCACAGCAACCGGCCCUGCUUCUCUGCCGAGGCCGACGAGCAUGAGAUUCUCGCUGCUGCAGCUUCACAUCUUCACUGGUCACUAGAACUUAGCCUCCCCUUUCCAUCUGCAGUGAGCUUUGUGUUGGACUGUCUGUUGUUGCAUGGAUAUGCAGCUACAGAGGGUGGACACUCCCCGCCGAAUAUGGUAGAGCGCAUUGGAGGAUGUAGAGGGAUUUGAACAAAGGGAGGGAGGGAGAGCUGUUCACUGCUGCGAGCUUCUGUGUGUGUGUCUGUGUGUUUUGGUUUGAUUGUGAGGUUUCCGAUCUGAGGUUUGCACAGCGAGCGAGAGGUUCGAACAGGGAGAGGUUGCGCUGAUUCAGCUUAUCGUGGAUUUUGAGGCGGGGAGGAGAAGGAGGUGAAGAGGAUGCUAAUAAUAAUGGAGUUGAGUGUGUCGGGGAGCACCUAGCAAAGUGUAUGGCGAUUACGAGGAGCUUCCAUCGAAGACGUUUUACCUGCGUGAGCCGUGGGCAGUUUAGGAUUUAGCUAGAGCCUGUGUAAGAACUGCAGGGCUAGCGGCGUCGUAUUGCAAUGGAGGCUAAUGCGGGCCUGGUUGCUGGAUCCCACAACCGGAAUGAGCUUGUGGUCAUCCCCGCUGAGGGAAUUCACGGGCCACGGCCUGAGAAUCAAGUGAAUGAACUGGUUUGUCAAAUCUGCGGUGAUGCGGUUGGGGUGAACCAAGACAAUGAAUUGUUUGUUGCUUGCAACGAGUGUGCCUUUCCAGUUUGUCGCACUUGCUAUGAGUACGAGCGCAAGGAAGGCAAUGGGGUGUGUCCUCACUGCAAGACCCGUUACAAAAGAUUGAAAGGAAGUGCUCGUGUGCCGGGAGACGAUGAGGAAGACGACUUGGACGACUUGGAAAACGAGUUCGAAAUGGACAAGAAAGACCAGCAACCGUCACCGGAUGCAAUGCUUCACGGGCGGAUGAACUACGGCAGGAUGUAUGAGCACGAGAUGGCGACCCAUCACAUGAUGCACCAGCAGCCCCGCUUCCCUCUGAUUACCGACGGCCAGGUGGGCGACUCUGAGGACGACGAGAAUCACGCUCUCGUAGUUCCGUCGAACAGCAACAAGCGAGUUCAGCCUAUCAAUUACAUGGACUCCAAUCUACCUGUGCAAGCGAGGCCGAUGGACCCAAGUAAGGACUUGGCCGCUUAUGGCUAUGGCAGCGUGGCGUGGAAGGACAAGGUGGACAGUUGGAAACAACGGCAAGAGAAAAUGCAGAUGAUGAUGAGCGAAGGCGGCGUGCUGCAUCCCAGCGACGUCGACCCAAAUGGACCCGACCUCCCAAUAAUGGAUGAAUCAAGGCAACCACUCUCCAGAAAAAUUCCCAUAGCGUCCAGCAGGAUCAAUCCAUAUCGAAUGGUGAUCGUCAUCCGUUUAGUGGUGUUGGCAUUCUUCUUGCGCUACCGAAUCCUCCACCCAGUGGAAGGCGCGUUUGGCUUGUGGAUCACAUCCGUGGUGUGCGAGAUCUGGUUCGCCGUCUCUUGGAUCCUGGAUCAGUUUCCCAAAUGGCUGCCGAUUCAGCGUGAAACUUACCUGGACAGACUUUCUCUCCGUUAUGAGAAGCCAGGAGAGCCAUCCCAGUUAGUGAAUGUGGACGUGUACGUGAGUACGGUAGAUCCCUUGAAGGAGCCUCCGAUUGUCACAGCCAAUACCAUCCUAUCAAUCCUUGCGGUGGAUUACCCUGUGGACAAAGUUUCCUGCUACCUGUCUGACGAUGGAGCUGCCAUGCUCACUUUCGAGGCGCUCUCGGAGACAUCAGAAUUCGCCCGCAAGUGGGUUCCAUUCUGCAAGAAGUUCACGAUUGAGCCGAGAGCACCGGAGAUGUACUUCGCUCAGAAGAUUGACUAUCUCAGGGACAAAGUGCAGCCCACGUUCGUGAAGGAGCGCCGCGCCAUGAAGCGUGAGUACGAGGAGUUCAAGGUUCGCGUGAACGCUUUGGUGGCGAAAGCUCUCAAGGUGCCGGAGGAUGGGUGGACGAUGCAAGACGGCACGCCCUGGCCAGGAAACAACAAGAGUGAUCACCCAGGAAUGAUCCAAGUGUUUCUGGGCCACAGCGGAGGUCUCGACACCGACGGCAACGAACUGCCCCGCCUUGUCUAUGUCUCCAGGGAGAAGAGGCCGGGAUUCAAUCACCACAAGAAAGCCGGUGCCAUGAAUGCCUUGGUGCGCGUCUCCGCUGUGCUCACCAACGCGCCUUACAUGCUCAAUCUCGAUUGUGAUCACUACAUCAACAACAGCAAGGCCAUUCGCGAAGCCAUGUGCUUCAUGAUGGAUCCCAACGUGGGUCCCAAAGUGUGCUACGUCCAGUUCCCCCAGCGGUUUGAUGGCAUUGAUCGCAACGAUCGAUAUGCAAAUCACAACACCGUCUUCUUCGAUAUUAACAUGAAGGGAUUGGAUGGGAUUCAAGGGCCAGUAUACGUGGGCACGGGGUGUGUCUUUAGGAGGCAAGCGUUGUAUGGAUUCGACCCACCGAAGAACAAGAAGAAAGGAAAGGGAGGCUGCCUCGACAGCUUGUGCCCGUCGUUUUGCUGCGGGGGACGAAAGAAGAAGAGCAAGAAGAGCAAGAAGCCGUGGAAGUACUCGAAGAAGAAGGCGCCUUCGGGAGCCGACUCCAGCAUUCCCAUCUUCAGAUUGGAGGAUGCCGAGGAAGGCAUGGACGGCGGCAUGUUGGAUCAUGACUACGAGAAGUCAUCGCCGAUUAUGUCCACUAAGGAUAUCGAGAAGCGGUUCGGGCAGUCGCCUGUGUUCAUCGCCUCCACAAUGUCCGACAGUGAGGGUGUUCGUCACUCUGCGAGCGCGGGCUCCCUCCUCAAGGAAGCCAUUCACGUCAUCAGCUGCGGCUACGAAGACAAGACCGAAUGGGGAAAAGAGAUUGGGUGGAUCUAUGGGUCGGUGACGGAGGAUAUUCUUACGGGAUUCAGAAUGCAUUGUCGGGGAUGGCGUUCAAUCUACUGCAUGCCGCACCGGCCCGCAUUCAAGGGCUCAGCGCCCAUCAACUUGUCCGAUCGGUUGAACCAAGUGCUUCGGUGGGCUCUUGGGUCGGUGGAAAUUUCGCUCAGUAGGCAUUGCCCGCUGUGGUAUGGUUAUGGCCGCCUCAAAUGCUUGGAAAGAUUGGCGUACAUCAAUACCACAAUCUAUCCCCUAACUUCCUUACCUCUGGUUGCCUAUUGUACUCUUCCCGCGGUGUGUUUGCUUACCGGAAAAUUUAUCAUCCCAACUAUUAGCAAUCUCGACAGUUUGUGGUUCAUUUCCCUCUUCAUGUCCAUCUUCAUCACGGGUAUCUUAGAAAUGCGGUGGUCCGGGGUCGGAAUAGACGAGUGGUGGAGGAACGAGCAGUUUUGGGUCAUUGGAGGUGUCUCGGCGCAUUUGUUCGCCCUCUUCCAAGGUUUAUUAAAGGUGUUCGCCGGUAUCGACACCAACUUCACGGUUACGUCAAAGACUGGAGAGGAUGAGGAUUUCGGCGAGCUGUAUACGUUGAAGUGGACUUCGCUUCUCAUCCCUCCCACCACGCUGUUGCUUUUCAACAUGGUGGGCGUGGUGGCCGGCAUUUCAGAUGCCAUCAACAACGGUUACUCCGCGUGGGGGCCUCUUUUCGGCAAGCUCUUCUUCGCCUUCUGGGUGAUCGUGCACUUGUACCCCUUCCUGAAGGGUUUGAUGGGACGCCAGAACCGAACCCCAACCAUCGUCAUUGUGUGGUCCAUUCUGCUGGCUUCCAUCUUCUCGCUCCUUUGGGUCAGAAUUGAUCCGUUCCUACCCAAAUCCACUGGCCCCAACUUGGUGCGGUGCGGCCUCACCUGCUUGUAAUCAACCAUCCCGACAACAUUUUCUUCUCCCCAAUAAUCCCCAGAUUGUUUAAUUCUGCGUCGCCGGCUUAAAGCAAUCAUCUUAGACACAGUCUGCACACCAUUCAAUCUCUGGUACCGUUAAAUGGAGCAGAUAUUGAAUGAACAAGCAAAUGGUUUGUAGAGAAUAAAAGGUUUGCUUCGGUACAACAAACAGAGAGGGAGAGGGAGAGAUCGAGCGAGUGAGAGAAAGAGAGAAGUGGGAGGAGCUAGGUUCCAUUGUAUUAGUAGAUGAUUCUCACAGAAUAUGAACGAUGCUCAUUUCUCAAGGGCAAUCGACAUACAUUUUUCUAGCCUAAGAUGGAGUUUAAACUGCGUUUAGAGAGAUAUAUAUAUAUGAGAGAUUACCACAGUGAUAGUCAGAUAAGAAUGUGCUCAACUCCGUGUACACACAACUGGUUGAUGCAGCGGGCCCAGCUUCACAGGCUCAGCUUGUUAGUGAUGGCUCGGAGAAGCCAUGGCCAGGUAGAGUCAGCUCCUCGAUGAGCAUACAAUGUGUGAACAUGUGAAUUCUGAGGCUCCUCGAGAUCUAAAUAUGUGACUGCAAGUUCAACUGAUAAAUCACCAGUCAAGUCAAUGUCAUGCAUACACCCCACCCAGCUGAGUUGAUGAGAUCGUGCCGACUUCUGGUGAACGGUGAAAGGGUUUCUAGCUGCUGAAAUUAGUUUGAUACCAUGGAAUUUGUAUUAGGAAGUAAAGAUCUGUCCAAUUUUAGCACUAUGUUGCAAGUUGUACUUGAUAUAUGUUCAAGCAAUGAACUUAUAAGAGAUUGUUUGUGAAA